GGCCGGGCCGGUGCGCGGCCGGGGCGGGCGGGUGGCAGUGCGGCCGCGGGACAUGACGGCCGGCGGCCAGGACGCGGGCGAGGAGCCCAGCGCGGCGCGGCUGCCCUCCCGGGUGGCCAAGCUGCUGUCGGCGCUCUUCUACGGGACCUGCUCCUUCCUCAUCGUGCUGGUCAACAAGGCGCUGCUGACCACCUACGGUUUCCCCUCACCAAUUGUCCUUGGAAUUGGACAGAUGGCAGCCACCGUAAUGAUACUGUAUGUGUCCAAGCUAAGUAAAAUAAUUCACUUCCCUGAUUUUGACAAGAAAAUCCCUGUAAAGCUGUUUCCUCUGCCUCUCCUCUACGUUGGAAACCACAUAAGUGGAUUAUCAAGCACAAGUAAAUUAAGCUUGCCGAUGUUCACCGUCCUCAGGAAAUUUACCAUUCCACUUACUUUGCUCCUGGAAACCAUCAUCCUCGGGAAGCAGUAUUCAGUGAACAUCAUUGUCAGUGUCUUUGCCAUCAUUCUUGGGGCUUUCAUAGCAGCUGGUUCUGACCUUGCAUUUAACUUGGAAGGCUAUAUUUUUGUGUUCCUGAAUGAUGUCUUCACAGCAGCAAACGGAGUUUAUACCAAACAGAAGAUGGAUCCUAAGGAGCUAGGGAAAUAUGGAGUGCUUUUCUACAAUGCCUGCUUCAUGAUUAUCCCAACUUUUAUUAUUAGCGUCUCCACUGGAGACCUGCAACAGGCUACUGAAUUCAGCCAGUGGAAUAAUGUUGUAUUUAUCAUACAGUUUCUUCUUUCCUGUUUUUUGGGGUUUCUCCUGAUGUACUCCACGGUCCUGUGCAGCUAUUACAACUCGGCCCUGACCACCGCGGUGGUCGGAGCUAUCAAGAAUGUAUCCGUUGCCUACAUCGGGAUGUUAGUUGGUGGAGACUACGUUUUCUCCGUGUUAAACUUUGUAGGGUUAAAUAUUUGCAUGGCUGGGGGAUUGAGAUAUUCCUUUUUAACACUAAGCAGCCAGUUCAAACCUCAGCAACCUGUGGAUAAAGAAGACAUCCCUUCAGAUUUGAAGAGCUAGAGUCUGGUGCAGAAUUACAGACCGAUUUGAGACUGGGGACACGUGGUGGGGGGAUCCCCAGUAGGGAUGUGAAGCCAGAGAUUUCAAACUUGGUACUUGCACCCUUUGGGUGAAGCACAAAUGGGAAUGUCUGCAAAAUGUCUACCUCACACGCACCGCACAGUGAGCCAUCAUUGGCCCUGAGAAAUGUAUUUGUGCAAAACCUUACCGGCAGAAAGUGAAUCUUCUCAAAAUAAGCCACUGGGACUUGGUAGGUAGCAUGCUGAGCGCUCACCUACAGACCCAUGUGGCCCCUUGUCGCAGUGCCACACGCUGAAGAGAAGGUCAAUGUUUUAAUGGUAACUAUUUCCUUAUCAGCACCUUGGCCUGUUCAAAGGCCCCAGCCAAAGCACAGCACCAGUGAGAACAGUUUGUUUCAGUUUAAACAGACAUGUCUUUAUUUUAAUAAAGUUAGCCAGUUAACUGCCAGUAAAGUUAUUUUUUAGCUUUAAUGUAAGCUAUGUUGAUAUCUUUUCCUAAUCAUCAAAGUAAAAUAAAACAUCAUUUCUA